AUGGAGGUGCGUGGUCUCAACUCGAACAGGACGGAGGCGGGGACGAGGCCGGAGCGCUUGUCCUCAACCAAUAUGGGGUUUCAGGGCGGGGACGAAGCCGGAGCGCUUAUCCUCAGCCAAUAUGGGGUCCCAACCCGAAGAAAGCCGGAGCGCUUAUCAUCAACCAAGAUGGGGUCUCAGGUGCGUGGUCUCAAGCCGAAGAAGGCGAAGGCGGGGACGAGGCCGGAGCGCUUAUCCUCAACCAAGAUGGGGUGUCAGGCGGGGACGAGGCCGGAGCGCUUAUCCUCAACCAAGAUGGUGUCUCAGGUGCGUGGUCUCAAGCCGAAGACGGCGGAGGCGGGGACGAGGCCGGCGGGGACGAGGCCGGAGCACUUGUCCUCAACCAAUAUGGGGUCUCAGGCACGAGACUUCAACCUCAAGAAGAACGAGGCCGGGACGAGACUGGAGGGCGUAUCCUCAAAGAAUAUGCGGUACCCGAUGCUGGCUUCGAGAGCCACAGACGACUUCGACUUUGGCGUGGGAUCUCAAGCAGAAGACGGCGGAGGCGAGGACGAGGCCGGAGCACUUAUCCUCAACCAAGAUGGCGGGGACGAGGCCGGAGCGCUUAUCCUCAACCAAUAUGGGCUCCACGAGGUGCGUGGUCUCCACCCGAAGAAGGCGGAGGCGGGGUACACGGUUUUAAGCGGAGAAGACGGCGGAGGCGGGGACAAGGAAGACGGCGGAGGCGGGGACGAGGCCGGAGCACUUGUCCUCAACCAAUAUGGGGUUUCAGGGAAGGCGGAGGAAGGCGAAGGCGGGGACGAGGCCGGAGCGCUUAUCCUCAACCAAGAGGCACAGCCGCCACGCUUACCCGGGGCGAAGCAAAGAGGCACAGCCGCCACGCUUAUCCUCAACCGGCGAAGAGGUGCAGCCGCCACGCUUAUCCUCAACCAGAAUGGGGGUCAGGGGGAAGAGGCGAAGACAGCCGCCACGCUUAUCCUCAACCAGAAUGGGGGCCAGGGGGAAGAGGCGAAGAGGUGCAGCCGCCACGCUUAUCCUCAACCAGAAUGGGGGCGAAGAGGUGCAGCCGCCACGCUUAUCCUCAACCAGAAUGGGGGCCAGGGGGAAGAGGCGAAGAGGUGCAGCCGCCACGCUUAUCCUCAACCAGAAUUGGGGGAAGGCCAGGCGAAGAGGCGAAGAGGUGCAGCCGCCACGCUUAUCCUCAACCAGAAUGGGGGCCAGGGGGAAGAGGCCGAAGAGGUGCAGCCGACACGCUUAAGCCUCAACAGAAUGGGGGCCAGGGGGAAGAGGCGAAUCCUCAACCAGAAUGGGGGCCAGGGGGAAGAGGCGCAGCCGCCACGCGAAGAGGUGCAGCCGCCACGCUUAUCCUCAACCAGAAUGGGGGCCAGGGGGAAGAGGCGAAGAGGUGCAGCCGCCACGCUUAUCCUCAACCAGAAUGGGGGUGCAGCCGCCACGCUUAUCCUCAACCAGAAUGGGGGCCAGGGGGAAGAGGCGCAGCCGCGAAGAGGUGCAGCCGCCACACUUAUCCUCAACCAGAAUGGGGGCCAGGGGGAAGAGGCGAUGAGGUGCAGCCGCCACGCUUAUCCUCAACCAGAAUGGGGGCGAAGAGGUGCGCCGCCACGGCUUAUUCUAAAAGAAUGGGGGCGAAGAGGUGCAGCCGCCACGCUUAUCCUCAAGCAGCAUUGUGCGGAGGCGGGGACAAGGCGGGGACAAGCAACCAAUAUGGGGUCCCCGGUGCGUGGUGUCAACCUGAAGAAGACGGAGGUGCGUGGUCUCAACCUGAAGAAGACGGAGGCGCAUGCAGAAGUGGUGCUUAUCUUCAACCUGAAGAAAGACAGAGACGG